AUGAGCCGAAAGCUCGCCCCCGAAGCCAAUCGGAUUCUCUUUGUCAAGAACCUCAACUACAACGUAACAGCGGAGCAACUCUUCGACCUCUUUGGCAAAUUCGGUCCCAUCCGACAAAUACGUCAGGGAAUCGCAAACAACUCCAAGGGCACUGCCUUUGUCGUAUACGAGGACGUUCACGACGCCAAACAGGCAUGCGAUAAACUCAAUGGCUUCAAUUUCCAGAACAGAUAUCUCGUUGUCCUAUACCAUCAGCCUGAAAAAAUGCUUAAAUCGAAAGAGGACCUGGCGGAAAGGCAAGAGAAUUUGGAACGUCUCAAACAGCAGCAUGGUAUAGAAUGA